ACAAAGGCCGCAGAGAUGGCUGGGGCCUCGGUGAAGGUGGCGGUGCGAGUCCGCCCCUUCAAUUCCCGAGAGAUGAGCCGUGACUCCAAGUGCAUCAUCCAGAUGUCAGGAAGCACCACCACCAUCGUGAACCCCAAGCAGCCCAAGGAGACGCCCAAGAGCUUCAGUUUCGACUACUCCUACUGGUCCCACACCUCGCCCGAGGACAUCAACUACGCCUCGCAGAAGCAGGUGUACCGGGACAUCGGCGAGGAGAUGCUGCAGCACGCCUUCGAGGGCUACAACGUGUGCAUCUUCGCCUACGGGCAGACAGGGGCGGGGAAGUCCUACACCAUGAUGGGCAAGCAGGAGAAGGACCAGCAGGGCAUCAUCCCACAGCUCUGUGAAGACCUCUUCUCCCGAAUCAACGACACAUCUAAUGACAACAUGUCCUACUCCGUGGAGGUCAGCUACAUGGAGAUUUACUGUGAGCGUGUCCGUGACCUCCUGAACCCCAAGAACAAGGGCAACCUGCGCGUGAGGGAGCAUCCGCUGAUGGGGCCCUAUGUGGAGGACCUCUCCAAGCUGGCUGUCACCUCCUACAAUGACAUCCAGGACCUCAUGGACUCGGGGAACAAGGCCAGGACGGUGGCAGCCACCAACAUGAACGAAACCAGCAGCCGCUCUCACGCCGUCUUCAACAUCAUCUUCACCCAGAAGCGCCAUGAUGCAGAGACCGACAUAACCACUGAGAAGGUCAGCAAAAUCAGCCUGGUGGACCUGGCCGGCAGUGAGCGGGCGGACUCCACGGGGGCCAAGGGCACGCGCCUCAAGGAGGGAGCCAACAUCAACAAGUCCCUGACCACCCUGGGGAAGGUCAUCUCUGCCCUGGCUGAAAUGGACUCUGGGCCCAACAAGAACAAGAAGAAGAAGAAGACAGACUUUAUCCCCUACCGGGACUCCGUGCUGACCUGGCUGCUCCGCGAGAACCUGGGUGGCAACUCGAGGACCGCCAUGGUGGCCGCGCUGAGCCCUGCGGACAUCAACUAUGACGAGACACUCAGCACGCUGAGGUACGCGGACAGGGCCAAGCAGAUUCGCUGCAACGCCAUCAUCAAUGAAGACCCCAACAACAAGCUGAUCCGGGAACUGAAGGAUGAGGUGACGCGGCUGCGGGACCUGCUGUACGCCCAGGGCCUGGGUGACAUCACCGACACCAACACUGUGCCCGGAGGACCCAAAUAUGUGUCGGACCUUGAGAACAAUAACCGUGGCAGGGCCGAGCUGAGUCAGGCCCCUGACAAUCUCUCCACAGUGACCAACGCCCUGGUGGGCAUGAGCCCCUCAUCCUCGCUCUCGGCUCUGUCCAGCCGUGCCGCCUCGGUGUCCAGCCUCCAUGAGCGCAUCUUGUUUGCCCCUGGCAGCGAGGAGGCCAUUGAAAGGCUGAAGGAGACAGAGAAGAUCAUCGCGGAGCUCAAUGAGACCUGGGAGGAGAAGCUGCGGCGGACGGAGGCGAUUCGGAUGGAGAGGGAAGCACUGCUGGCCGAGAUGGGUGUGGCCAUGAGGGAGGACGGUGGCACCUUGGGUGUGUUCUCUCCCAAAAAGACUCCUCACCUUGUGAACCUGAACGAGGACCCGCUGAUGUCCGAGUGCCUCCUGUACUACAUCAAGGACGGCAUCACCAGAGUGGGCAGGGAGGAUGCCGAGAGGCGGCAGGACAUUGUCCUGAGCGGACACUUCAUCAAGGAGGAGCACUGUGUCUUCCGGAGCGACUCCAGGGGAGGCAGUGAAGCCGUGGUGACCCUGGAGCCCUGUGAGGGGGCAGACACGUACGUCAAUGGCAAGAAAGUCACUGAGCCCAGCAUCCUGCGGUCAGGAAACCGCAUCAUCAUGGGUAAGAGCCACGUGUUCCGGUUCAACCACCCGGAGCAGGCCCGCCAGGAACGGGAGCGCACGCCCUGCGCGGAGACGCCGGCGGAGCCUGUGGACUGGGCCUUUGCCCAGCGUGAGCUGCUGGAGAAGCAGGGCAUUGACAUGAAGCAGGAGAUGGAGCAGAGGCUCCAGGAGCUGGAGGACCAGUACCGCCGGGAGCGGGAGGAGGCCACCUACCUGCUGGAGCAGCAGAGGCUGGACUACGAGAGCAAGCUGGAGGCCUUGCAGAAGCAGAUGGACUCGAGGUACUACCCAGAGGUGAACGAGGAGGAGGAGGAGCCCGAGGACGAAGUGCAGUGGACAGAGCGCGAGUGUGAGCUGGCCCUGUGGGCCUUCCGGAAGUGGAAGUGGUACCAGUUCACGUCCCUGCGGGACCUGCUGUGGGGCAAUGCCAUCUUCCUCAAGGAGGCCAAUGCGAUCAGCGUCGAGCUCAAGAAAAAGGUCCAGUUCCAGUUUGUCCUCCUCACGGAUACCCUCUACUCCCCACUGCCGCCAGACCUGCUGCCCCCAGAGGCUGCCAGAGACCGGGAGACUCGGCCCUUCCCCCGCACGAUAGUGGCCGUGGAAGUGCAGGACCAGAAGAACGGGGCCACCCACUACUGGACGCUGGAGAAGCUCAGGCAGCGCCUGGACCUGAUGCGCGAGAUGUACGACAGGGCCGCGGAGGUGCCCUCCAGCGUGGUGGAGGACUGCGACAACGUGGUGACCGGUGGAGACCCCUUCUAUGACCGCUUCCCCUGGUUCCGGCUGGUGGGCAGUCCAGUCAUCUCUGGCUGCAACAGCUACCCUCUUCUCAACACAUGCAUGAGCGAGCGCAUGGCUGGUCUCACCCCCUCCCCCACCUUCUCGAGCCCCGACUCCGACGCCACCGAGCCUGCCGAGGAGCAGAGCGUGGGGGAGGAGGAGGAGGAGGAGGAGGAGGAGGAGGAGGAGGAGGACCUGGAGGACGACGUCUUUCCGGAGCACACGCUGUGCGACGGCCGGGACCCGUUUUACGACCGGCCCCCCCUGUUCAGUUUAGUAGGAAGGGCCUUCGUCUACCUGAGCAACCUCCUGUACCCCGUGCCUCUGGUGCACCGCGUGGCCAUCGUGAGCGAGAAGGGCGAGGUGAAGGGCUUCCUCCGCGUGGCCGUCCAGGCCAUCUCAGCUGAUGAAGAGGCCCCUGAUUACGGCUCUGGUGUCCGCCAGUCAGGAACCGCUAAAAUCUCCUUUGACGACCAGCAUUUCGAGAAGUUUCAGUCUGAGUCCUGCCCCGGGGUGGGGAUGGCUCGCUCGGGGACCUCUCAGGAAGAGCUGCGCAUUGUGGAGGGCCAGGGCCAGGGCGCAGAUGCAGGGCCCUCGGCCGACGAGGUGAACAACAAUACCUGCUCAGCAGUGCCCCCAGAAGGUCUCCUGCUGGACAGCCCUGAGAAAGCCGUCCUGGAUGGGCCCCUGGACGCUGCCCUGGACCACCUCCGCCUGGGCAGCACCUUCACCUUCCGUGUGACCGUCCUGCAGGCCUCCAGCAUCUCUGCCGAAUACGCCGACAUCUUCUGCCAGUUUAACUUCAUCCACCGCCAUGAUGAGGCCUUCUCCACGGAGCCCCUGAAGAACACGGGCAGGGGCCCCCCCCUCGGUUUCUACCACGUCCAGAACAUCGCAGUGGAGGUGACCAAGUCCUUCAUCGAGUACAUCCGGAGCCAGCCCAUCGUGUUCGAGGUCUUUGGCCACUACCAGCAGCACCCAUUCCCGCCUCUCUGCAAGGAUGUGCUCAGCCCCCUGAGGCCCUCCCGCAGACACUUUCCCCGGGUCAUGCCACUGUCCAAGCCAGUGCCUGCCACCAAGCUCAGCACGCUGACACGGCCCUGCCCGGGACCCUGCCACUGCAAGUACGAUCUGCUGGUCUACUUCGAGAUCUGCGAGCUGGAGGCCAACGGGGACUACAUCCCUGCUGUGGUGGACCACCGUGGCGGCAUGCCCUGCAUGGGGACCUUCCUCCUCCACCAGGGCAUCCAGAGGCGGAUAACUGUGACGCUGCUGCAUGAGACGGGCAGCCACAUCCGCUGGAAGGAAGUGCGCGAGCUGGUCGUGGGUCGCAUCCGAAACACUCCGGAGACUGACGAGUCCCUGAUCGACCCCAACAUCCUGUCCCUCAACAUCCUCUCGUCUGGAUAUGUCCACCCAGCCCAGGAUGACCGGACCUUCUACCAGUUUGAGGCCGCCUGGGACAGCUCCAUGCACAACUCCCUCCUGCUGAACCGCGUCACGCCCUACAGGGAGAAGACCUACAUGACCCUGUCCGCCUACAUCGAGAUGGAGAGCUGCACCCAGCCCGCUGUCAUCACCAAGGACUUCUGCAUGGUCUUCUACUCCCGCGACACCAAGCUGCCAGCCUCACGCUCCAUCCGAAACCUGUUCGGCAGCGGGAGCCUGAGGGCCUCAGAGGGCAACCGAGUGACUGGCGUGUACGAGCUCAGCCUGUGCUACGUGGCGGACGCCGGCAGCCCAGGGAUGCAGCGGCGGCGCCGGCGGGUGCUGGACACCUCCGUGGCCUAUGUCCGGGGUGAGGAGAACCUGGCUGGCUGGCGGCCCCGGAGUGACAGUCUGAUCCUGGACCACCAGUGGGAGCUGGAGAAGCUGAGCCUCCUGCAGGAGGUCGAGAAGACCCGUCACUACCUGCUCCUGCGGGAGAAACUGGAGACCACCCAGCGGCCCGGCCCUGAGGUGCUGUCCCCCGUCUCCAGUGAAGACUGUGAGUCCCGAAGCUCCUCCGGCGCCUCCUCCCCACUGUCCGCCGAGGGCCGACAGUCGCCCCUGGAGGCACCCAAUGAGAGGCAGCGGGAGCUGGCAGUCAAGUGCUUACGUCUGCUCACGCACACGUUCAACAGAGAGUACACCCACAGCCAUGUCUGCAUCAGUGCCAGCGAGAGCAAGCUCUCUGAGAUGUCCGUCACCCUGCUGCGGGACCCGUCCAUGUCGCCUCUGGGAGCAGCCACGCUCACCCCGUCCUCCACCUGCCCCUCUCUGGUUGAAGGUCGCUACAGUGCCACCGACAUGCGGACCCCGCAGCCCUGCUCCCGGCCAGCCAGCCCAGAGCCAGAGCCAGUGCCAGAGGCAGACUCCAAGAAGCCCCUGUCCCCUGCGCGGGCCACAGAGGCCGAUAAGGAGCCCCAGCGCCUGCUGGUCCCCGACAUCCAGGAAAUCCGAGUCAGCCCGAUCGUGUCCAAGAAGGGGUACCUGCACUUCCUGGAGCCGCACACAGCCGGCUGGGCCAAGCGCUUCGUGGUGGUACGACGCCCCUACGCCUACAUGUACAACAGUGACAAGGACACGGUGGAGAGAUUUGUGCUCAACCUCUCCACGGCCCAGGUGGAGUACAGCGAGGACCAGCAGGCCAUGCUCAAGACGCCCAACACGUUUGCGGUGUGCACAGAGCACCGUGGCAUCCUGCUGCAGGCCAACAGUGACAAGGACAUGCAUGACUGGCUGUACGCCUUCAACCCCCUCCUGGCGGGGACCAUCAGGUCCAAGCUCUCCCGGAGGAGGUCUGCACAGAUGAGGGUCUGAGCCAGAGCCCCCCACCAGCCAGCACCCGCUGUCCCUCGCCCCAUCCCCGUCUGUCCUGUCCUGGCUGCCCAGCCUUCCCCUGCCAGGGAGUGCCGGGCCCGGGCCUAGGGCCAGCUGUGCCCCAGGGAAGCCUGCCCGAGUCCUUCUUUCUUCCUCCUCAGCUGCUCUGGGUGGGGAGAGCUGGGGAUCUGAGGGAGGCCAGAGGGCACAAGACCCCGUGUUGCCGCCAUUCUAAUAUUUUUUUAAGCAUAGACAGACUUAUAAUUAAUAUACAGUAGUUAGUGACGUUGAGACAGUCCUGAGAAAUUAACUAUAACUGUGUUCUAUUUAUGAUAUUUAUUUCUAAUGCCUCCGAGUAGACCUGUAAGACCCAGCGGCCACCCUCCCUGUUUGUUCCCUCUGCAUCUCCAGCCUUCGGGCAGAGCGGGGGAAGAGGAGUUUGGACGUGGGACCCUCGGUUGGCACAGAGGCACACCUGGGCCAGGUUUCCCUGAGCCUCCUCCAGGUGUGUGGGGUCUCCAGGUGCUAAGGUGGUGCCAGCAGGAUUGAGAGGGUGAGCGGACCUGAGAUGGGACCAUGGGGGGCCGGGAGGGAGGAGGCCAGGGUGUCCAUGGCGGCCAGGCUCACCAGUUGUGUCCAGACUGUCGGGGCCGGUGGCUGGGUUCAGACACAGGGCUCUUGGGCAGCAGGCAAGGUCAGCAUUCAGGGUGUGGGUCCCGGCCUCCAGGGCCUCCCUGGUGCUGUGAGGACGCAGAGCCCCAGGCUGCUCUGGGAGGAGGUUCUGUGAUUGGAAGCUCCUCACACACACCCUCCUCUCCACCCCAGGGAGCAGACUGCAUGCACGGGGCACGUCUUGGCAGGUGGGUGAGGGCAGAUACCAGGCUGUCUUGGCUGUCCAGGGUUCUUCUGCACCUGGGGAAUUCCCACUCACAGGCCAUUUGGAAAAUCAGAAACCAAACUGCAAGUCCCCUAACCCUACAGCCCACCUGGACCAGGCUGCCGUUGGGGCUGGGCACCUUCCACCCCCUUGCCAGCUCCUGCUGCUUGGUUCAGAUGAGCCGGGGGCUCGGAGGUUCCCCAUCAGCCCAGGUGGUCCCUGAAUGGCACUACCCUGACUUGUGAGCUCAAGCCACUCUCGGAGGAAGAGACUAGGUGUGUGGGCCUCUUUCAUGCUGACAAACAAGUUCAGGUCUUCCUUGGGGAAACCGUCCAGGCCUCUGGACCCUCACCGCAGACCGCAGGGCUCAGGGUGAGUGGUAUUGUGGAAGCAGGAUCUGAGCCUGCAGCCAGCACAAGACCAGAUGCAGGUUCAGACGGGGAGCUCGUCCUCCCACCAGGCUCAGCUGCAGCAGGGGUGGCUGCCUGGUCCCCAGGGCCCGGGGCCUCUGUCAGGUCUUAGGAAACCACAGCUGUGCAGUGUGGGCCACGCAGCGCUUUCUUUAGGGGGCUCCUUGAGGACAGUGCCGUCCCAGACUGAAGUAAACCUUGUGCAGAAACCAGGUGACAGCCCUGUGGACCGUGGGGGCAGUGGGCUGAGACACAGCAUCCAGAUGGCACUCACUCUGGUACCCGCGACCCCCUCGAGGCAGGGAGGGUGGGACAGAGCACCCUGCUCUGAGUUGAGUUGGAUUUCAAGGCCACACCCUUCACAGCAGGCUAGAGGCCAGGCCCACCACGGCCACUCAGGUCAGCCAGCCUGAAGCCGUGGCCUCGGAAAGGUCUGGGCCGCCCACCAGCGGGUGUCUGAGGCCAGCCAACCUGCAGAGCACCUGCUGUCUGGGGCCAGGCUGAGGGAAAGGCCAGGAGCCUGGAGCCCUCUGCAUUCAGAAGACCCCCCCCCCCGCCAUGAAGGCCUGGGCGGUGCCAUUUUGGCAUUGGCUGGCACUGAGAUGGGCCCCUGCCCUGUGGGCCGUCCAGAGUCAGUCUACAGAAACAGGAGAGGCCAAGGGCAGUGUGUCCACAAGGUGGGAAGCCUGGUUUCUGUUUGCCCACCCUGCCCGAAACCACCCACGUACCCAGCCAGCUGAGGACAGUUGCCCCCACCCCUGGAAUGCUGUGUCCACAUCUGUGCCGUGGAGAGACCCUUGGGGUCUUCCCAUCCUGUGAUGCGGAGGGGAGCGCCUGGUCUGGCUGUGGCCCCCAUUUCUUGCUGGCAUGGAGGUGAGAGGUCGAGACAGCCAUCUCUCCUGGUGGUUUGGUUCUGAGGCUUGAUACUGCCCAGCUCUGGCCUUGCUUUGGCCUGGGGGAUGCCGGCUCCUGGGGUCCUGUGGGGUUGAGAAGCCCAAGUCCUCCUGCUAAGUGGUCCUGCCAGCAUAGCUGCCGAGAGUGGCCUUCCACAUCCAUCCUGGUCCCUAGAGCCUGGGGCACCUGGGGGUCCUGAACGUGGUCAGGGGUACGGCGAGCGGGGUUGUGGUGCUGGUCCCGUGCCAGCUCGGCCAGGUCCUUUACCCCUGCAGCCCCAGGCUGGACAGAGGCUGUGACGGCCCCCGUCUCUCCCCGGGUUGUGCUUCCUGUAGCUGGUCUGUUCUGGGUGCCCCUGCAUCCCUGGCUUGUACAUAUGUGAUUGCUGUGGGACCCUGUGUCAUCUCCACUACCCCGAUGCAGCGACUCUCCCCACGUCUUACCCGAGUGUUAGCUCUAGGCCCCUGUACUGUGUGUGCAUCACGGCUGUGUCCAACUAAGAAAUAAACGUGGCUCUACGCAACCCGUA